UCCCGCCAAACUAAAAGAUCAAGCGGGAAAGGCUUGCGAAUGCUUGUGUGGGGCGCUCUGCAACAAAGUAAAAUAUUUUCGUUUAUUUCUCACCUUUAAAAAGAAAAUAUAAUACUGGUUCGUAAAUUUUGAUGAGAAAAUGUGGAUCCAAGUUAGAACAAUGUAUGGAGAUAAAAGCUUCCAAGUUGAUGGUCUUAGCAAGCUGACUAAAAUUGAAGAUUUGAAAUUAAAAAUGGAGAAAGAUUUGGAAGUACCUCCAAUUCGACAGCGGUUGUUCUUUGCAGGCAAGCAGUUGGAGGAUGGGCAUACAUUGUAUGACUACAGCGUGAAACGCAAUUCAUUAAUUCAAGUAAUGAUACGACCUGCUGAAGUUGUAACCAGUGAGAACAAAAACAACAAACAAAUUGAUGUGAGCGGUGAUAAAUGCAAGGAAAAAGAAAAGCUCGCCGAUAUCAUAAAUCGGGAAACCGAUGGACUGCAAGAGGAGAAACCAAUAAACAAGGAUUGUGAAACCACCACUUCUUACCGAUGGAAGGUUGGUGAUUGUGUUGAUGGCAAGGAUUUAACCAUGGGUGCUUGGUUUGAAGCAUUAGUGAAGAAAAUAGAUGUUGAUGAAAAUGGAGAUGUCAGAUAUCAUGUGAUAUAUGAUGGAUACGAUGAAAGUGAAAUAGUUCCAUUAUCAGAAAAAGAUGUGCGUCCUCGAGCCAGAACCAAAAUAUCAUAUGAAGAUAUUGAGCCUGGUAUGAUUGUAAUGGCGAAUUAUAAUUGUGAUGAGAAAAGGGAGCGGGGAUUUUGGUAUGACGUUGAAGUCACACGAAAGUCUAAAAAAAGAAAUGGGAAAGAAAUUUAUGGUAAACUCUUGCUAGGGAAGGAUAACAGUGUUGCAGAGGAAUGUAAAAUAAUAUUCACAGAUGAAAUCUUUGCCAUAGAAUCUUCAGAUGCACCAUUGAGCGAGUCAGAAGAGGCACCCGAAAAAAGGAAGGUAAGGCCAGACUGUAUCACAUGUAGAGAUGAUCCAAACAAAAAGUGUAAAGAUUGUGGAUGUCAUCAGUGUGGCGGCAAGGAUGAUCCAGAUAAGCAACUAAUGUGUGACGAAUGUGACCAACCAUACCAUAUGAGGUGCUUAGACCCACCACUUACCUCUCUACCAGAAGAAGACGAAUGGUACUGUCCUCUUUGUAAGAAUGAUGGUUCAGCAGUUAUUAAAGCUGGAGAAAAAUUAAAGGAAAGUAAGAAGAAAUCUAAAAUGGCUUCAGCUAAUCCAAAGAGCAAUAGGGAUUGGGGUAAAGGCAUGGCUUGUGUUGGCAGGACCAAAGUAUGUACGAUCGUCCCACCAAAUCAUUUUGGACCCAUACCUGGUGUACCGGUGGGAUCAUGCUGGAAGUUCAGAGUUCAAGCUAGUGAAGCUGGAGUGCAUCGCCCUCACGUCAGUGGCAUGCAUGGUCGAGAUUCAGAUGGUGCAUAUUCCAUAGUACUUGCUGGUGGAUAUGAAGACGAUACGGAUGAUGGCGAAGAGUUUACAUACACUGGCAGUGGAGGGCGAGAUUUGUCUGGUAACAAACGAACAGCUGAGCAAUCUUUUGAUCAAACUUUAACAAAAACGAACAAAGCAUUAGCGAAAAAUUGUGACUGUCCUAUCGACACUAAGAAAGGUGGGCAAGCCAACGAUUGGAAAAAAGGGAAACCUAUUAGAGUGAUCCGAAGUUUUAAAUUUGCAAAACAUUCGAAAUAUGCUCCAGAGGAAGGCGUUCGAUAUGAUGGUAUAUACAAGGUUGUUAAAUAUUGGCCUGAAAAAGGACAAUCUGGAUUUAUUGUGUGGAGGUAUCGUUUACGCAGAGAUGAUCAGUAUCCAGCACCUUGGACAACUGCUGGCAAGAAAACAAUUCGUGAUCUAGGGCUACAGAUACAGUAUCCUGAGGGAUAUCUUGAAGCGCAAGCAAAAAAGGAAGCCGAGAAGCUAGCUUUAAAAAACGAGAAAAAGGGGAAAAGAAAACGAAAAGAUGAAGACGACGAAGAAGAGCAAACAUCAGAUGGUAAGUCUGACUCGAGCCCCAAAAAAUCUCCACAUAAAAAGGCUAAAACCAGCUACAAGAUACCCGAAGACUCUUUGGAUUUGAUAAAGAAAGAUGUGAAGAAUAAAAAGAUUUGGAAUGAAAUCAUUGAAGUACAAGACUCCCACCAGAAAUUUUUGCAAGAAGUUGAAGAGCGUUUCAUAUGCAUUUGUUGUCAGGAACUUGUUUAUCAACCAGUCACGGUCGAAUGUGGGCACAGUACGUGCAAGUCCUGCCUUCAACGUGCUUUUAAAGCUGGCGUUGUGUCUUGCCCUUCUUGCCGAUUUGGUUUAGAAAAAGAUUACGUCAUGGAUAUAAAUAGAAACCUGAAUGAUGCACUCAAGAAACUGUUUCCUGGCUAUGACGCUGCCAGAUAGUCUUCAGAAUAUCGCAGCAGGGGUUGUCGUUUAAGGAUAAGUCAUUGCAAUAUAUUGCACACCUUUUUGACGGAAAAUGAGAUUUCUAAAAAUUGUGAAUAGAUUUUUUAAAGUGUUUCUAGUUAUUAGCUUCAGCAUUAUUUUCUUUCCCGCGUUUUUUUUGUUUCUUUAACUAAAUUUUCAAAUCUCAUUAUAAUAUUUCUGAAAACUUUUGAUGUACCAUACUUUUUUUAAUGUUGUAAUCGAUAAAAAAGAAUAAAAUAUACAUUGUUUUA